GCGUGAAUCCACGAAGGAAUGCUUGCGUUCCAUAUUCCUUGCAUCCUGCCUUCCUCCUCCUCGCAGGAGCGAUCUCGGGAAUGAAUGCGUCGGGCAAAUUUCCCUCCAUACUUUGAUAGACACUAACUAGCCGAAGUAUUCCUUUGGACCACUCUACCCCAGGUCUUGUAUUGGAACUACAAGACCCUGCUCUCCAAAGGUUCUGCUCCAAAGUUGAGUGGUGUGUCCCAUUAGUUCAGGUUCCCUUGUCACUUCUGGUCUGUGGGAAUAAAACCCUUCAAUGAUAUCUGCAGUCCUCUUCCGCUACCAGGUUCCGCCGAUCAAUAAGGGAGACGCCGCCUGUCGUUAACAAGUUGUGGGAUAUUUCCAUGGGAUACCCAUAAAGAUGGAAGAUCAGACGAAAGUCCAGAUAAUCACCAUAAUGGGCAAGUCAGAAAGCCAGAUGGAUAUCGUGGAGAAAUCAACAAAAUUAAUGAAGAAAAGUUGGACCCUCAUCGAGAUUGCACUCAGUGUGUUACUCCUACUCAUGACAAGCACAGUGGUGGCGUUGGCUGUGUUAUAUACAACUCAAAGAGACAAACAAUUCUCCAGUAGCACGGACAAAGUAUGUAUGACCGCAGGCUGUGUGGCUGCUGCUGCAAGGCUAAUCCAGAAUAUGGAUUCAUCUGUCUCACCAUGUGAAGAUUUUUACAAAUAUGCCUGUGGGGGUUGGCUGAGUAAACACGUCAUACCAGAAACCAGCUCCAGAUACAAUGUAUUUGAUAUUGUCACAGAUGACCUGGAAGUCAUCCUGAAAGGUGUCUUGGAGAGACCAGAUGAUAGAGACCGUGAUGCUUUUAAGAAAGCUAAACAACUGUAUAAGUCCUGUAUAAAUGACACUUUAAUUGCAGGACGAGAUUCUGAACCUCUCUUAAAUCUAUUGGAUGCCGUUGGAGGAUGGCCAGUUGCCACAUCUGAUUGGGAUGUCAUGAAAGAGCCUGGUUGGAGUUUGGAAACCAUCCUCCCACAGCUCAAUGCCAAUUACAAUAACAGAGUGGUUGUGGAUAUAUUUGUUUGGACUGACGAUAGGGACUCAAGUAGACACAUCCUUUAUGUUGACCAACCCACCCUGGGGAUGCCUUCUAGAGACUAUUACUUUGGAGACAGUAACUACAAGAAGGUGCGUGAAGCCUACUUGCAGUUUAUGAUUUCAAUUGCUAAGAUGAUCAGAGAAGACAGAAACAUUACAAAAAAUGACACUUUUGUUGAAGAGGAAAUGAUGAAAGUCUUGGAGCUUGAAACUGAAAUGGCCAAUGCUACUGCAACACCAGAGGAAAGGCAUGAUAUUACACAGAUGUACAACAAAAUGACAAUUGCUCAACUCCAAAAGAAGUAUGAUCUCCAUGGAUUUGACUGGUUGCAGUUCAUUCAAGGGAUCAUGUCUACUGUUGAUAUUGAAGUCCAUCCAGAAGAAGAAAUUGUGGUCUAUGCCACUGAAUAUCUUCAGAAACUGAAGCAUAUCCUCCCCAAAUAUUCCAAGAGCACUCUUCAGAACUACCUGGUCUGGCGGCUGGUCAUAGAUCAUGUUAGCAAUUUGAGCAGGCGAUUUAAGGAUGCCCGAGCAAACUACCGGAAGGCAUUGUAUGGUACCACCGUGGAAGAAGCUCGUUGGCGAGUAUGUGCCAGCUACAUCAACGCCAACAUGAAAAAUGCAGUGGGAGCUCUCUACGUCAGGGAGACAUUUGCUGGUGAUAGUAAGAAAAUGGUAAAGGAUUUAAUUGAUAAAAUCCGAGAAGUGUUUAUUGAAACACUGGAUGACUUAGAAUGGAUGGACCCAGCUUCCAAGCAGAAAGCACAAGAAAAGGCUAUGGCAAUUAAAGAGCAAAUUGGAUAUCCAGACUAUAUACUGGAAGAAGACAAUCCCAAAUUGGAUGAGGAAUAUGCACUCUUAAACUUCAGUGAAAGCAAAUACUUUGAAAAUAUCCUUGAAAAUUUGAAGGCUGGAAUACAGAAGAGUCUGAGGAAAUUACGGGAGAAAGUGGAUCAAGAUUUAUGGAUGAUCGGUGCUGCAGUUGUAAAUGCUUUUUAUUCACCUAACCUGAAUCAGAUAGUAUUUCCAGCUGGAAUUCUUCAGCCUCCAUUCUUCAGCAAACACCAGCAUCAAGCACUGAACUUUGGAGCAAUUGGGAUGGUGAUCGCCCAUGAGAUCAUACAUGGAUUUGAUGACAAUGGAAGAAAGUUUGACAAGAAUGGCAACAUGUAUGACUGGUGGAGCAAUUUUUCAGCCACACAUUUCAAAGACCAGUCUAGUUGUAUGGUGCAUCAGUAUGGAAAUUACACGUGGGAUUUAGCUGGAGGAGAGAAUGUAAGUGGGAUCAGCACCUUGAGUGAAAAUAUCGCAGACAAUGGAGGCAUCAGACAGGCAUACAAGGCCUAUUUGAACUGGGUGAAGAAAGGAGGAGAAGUGGUAAAAUUACCCGGCUUGAAUCUGACACACAAACAACUUUUUUUCCUGAGCUUUGCACAGGUAUGGUGUGGAUCAUAUAGGCCUGAGUAUGCCAGGCAGGCAAUUAAAAUUGAGGUUCACACCCCACUGAAAUUCAGAGUCAUUGGUUCCCUCCAAAACUUUGAAGCUUUUGCAGAGGCUUUCCAGUGUUUAAGGGGAAGUAGAAUGCACCCAGUCAAGAAGUGCCGUGUGUGGUAGCCAAAGACCAACAGCAAAUUUAGCUCAGACCAUUCCAAAACCCUUCAAAGUCGUUGGAAUACAUGAACACUAAAGGUGGCCGAAGCCGAUAGAUGUGCCUAAUAAUCCUUCUCUAAUUAGUCACUGCCAAGGUUAUUGCUCUUCUUCUGUUGUUUCGAGUGUGUAAUACUGAGGGAUGUUGGUUGUAGGCAGGUUAAGCAAAUCCUUCAAACACUGACUCUUCUAUACCUUAACAUGACUGUUAUCUGUUAUUUACAUUCAGUAAUAACAUCAGGGUGCUUUAGUCUGCAUAGAAUUCCUCAUUCAAAAUUAAACGGUAAUGUAGUUCCAGGAGUCUGUGCAAAUUGCCAACUUGUGAUAUGGUUCAAGAGGAGGAGGAACAGUUUUGCAGAAGGUACAUUAAGAUCAACUGGGGCUCUUGUUACACACUGGUAGAGUCUGUCUCACGAGCAAUGCUUAUUGAAUUUUAAGAUUCCUGCAUGCCAAGGCUAUGACUUGUUACAGUGAUGUGUCCCAGUUGCUUAUAUCUGUUUCAACUUCUAUUUCCCAACAUAUCCAUAGCUCAGGUGUAUUGUGUGAAAUGAUGUGACAUUUUUGUGAUGAUAUUUCUUAAGAAUACUAUUUCCCCAGUGCUGCUGUACAGUAUAAACUUCAAAGAGUGGUAUUUGAAAGCCUUUUUUUGAUAGCAUUUGGUUCAAUGUGCUUUAGUCUAAGUAUGAAAUCUUUCACAAGCUGCACCUUAUUUUUAAUAUAUUUAAUCAUAUAUCAAUGAUUUAUACUAUAUUGUUUAUAUCCAGAAAAAUCAUUUGAGAAAUCAUCUUUUAAUGGUC